AGUGCAGCAAAUCCUUAUCCUCAAAUGGCGUUCCCCAGUUUCUAUUCAUGCUUGCAAUGUCGAUAUCCUUAAUGAAUCUCCUGUUGCAGGAACCGGAAUUACGUCACAAGUCUAACGAUGCGUGCAUUUCAUUCACCCGUGAGAAUGUGAUCACGUAAACAGCUGAGUUUACGAGUAGUAAGACGAACAGUACGCUGUACGGUGCCAGCAAAUGAGCCACAGUAAUGUUAAAUUAAGAAAUUAUCGCUCUGGCAAAUCUUGGAUGAUGGCAUAGUCAAGAUAUGGAGAACGAAGCGUUUGUAAAGAUGGAAGACGAAAAAUCGACUCCGUUAUCGACGCCGGUACCAGGAAAGAAGAAAAUAUGGAAAGUUAGGGUAAAGCAAAUUUCGAUGGAGUUGAAUGAAAUGACCAAACACACUUACUAUAAUCAUGGUGAACAUCGUGAAAACCGAAUACAUUUAGCUCUUCAAAAUGAGAGCAUUCCGACCCUUGAAAAAGAGAUAGAGGAGGCGAAAGAAAACGAAGACAUAGAUGGUCUAGACCACCAAGGGUUUGCAGCUUUGCACCACGCUACAAGGUACAACCGAAUCGAUGCAGUAAAGAUUCUUCUGAAGAAUGGUGCUUGUGCAGACGUUCGUACUAAAGAUGAUUGUAAUACUCCUCUUCAUAUUGCUUCAAGAUUCGGAUGGUUAGAAGUGAUUAAACUUCUCCUCGACAACGGUGCAGACCCAACGACACAGAACACGAAUGGCAGCACUCCUCUUCACCUAGCGUGCAGACGAAGCAAGUUAGAAGUGAUUACCCUACUUCUAAAUCAACGUAGUGUUAAUGUCAAUGCUAGAGACAAGCUGCAGCUGACACCAUUACAUCUUGCUGCUGCUCAAGGAUGUCCAAAAACGUGCCAAAUGCUGAUGGAUCAUGGAGCUGAUGUGUUUGCAGUGGCAUCAGACCAAACAACUCCACUUCACUCGGCGAUUUUUAAUGGCAAUGAUAAAUGCGGUGGAAAUUCUGUUGCAGAUACUUUACUUCUAAGAGUAGUGGCUCAAAACACUCGUAAUGUAGAUGAUAUCAUCAAGUCACACGACAUGAACUGCAACACACUCUUGCACAAUUGUGCUCUGACAAAUUCCCUGGAUGUCGCUAAGAAGAUCAUCGAGCUUGGCGCUGAUGUCAACGCUUUAAACACGAAUCUUGGAACGACACCACUCCACGUGGCUUGUGCGAUGGGUGGUUUUGAAAUGGCGAAGAUGUUGGUGGAAAUGAAGGCAGCUUUGCAACCCAAGGACUGUAGUGGCCAAACACCAUUACACAGAGCUGCAAUGUUUGGUCACGUGCAAAUCAUAGAAUAUCUCCUUGACAACGGUGCUGACGUUGACCCACGUGACAAAUCCAACCAAACUCCAUUCCUGGUGGCCGUUGCAAGUAAAAGAACCAAUGUAAACACAGUAAAACUGCUGCUCGGCAGAGGAGCUCAAAUCAAUGCGCAAGACGCAUAUUUGAAAACCUGCUUACAUCUGGCGAUCGAGAAUCAAAACAUCGAGAUUGUUAACUUGUUACUUGAGUAUGAUUCAGGACUAGAAAACCUGAACAGUCCAGAUGUACAAGAAAGAGUUCCUCUGCACUACGCGGCGUUGUGUAAGGAUGUUAAGUGUUUAAAGGCUCUUUUAGCGAAACAAUCGCGCUUAAACUUCCGAGACGAAGAUCAAAAAACCGCUCUGUACCUUGCGGCCGAAAAUAACCGAGCUGAACAUGUGGAAGUCUUGGGACUAGCUGGUUCAUCUGUGAAUGAAAGAAAUGAAGAAGGUAAAACGCCUCUUCAUGCUGCAGCUUGUAACGGAAACAGGAAAGUCUGCAAGGUGUUAAUCAAGCUUGGUGCAGACAUCAACAGCCGCGAUGACAAAAAGCAAACCCCUCUCAUGUGUGCUGCUGUUGAGGGCUGUGCAAAAACAUGCAAGACGUUACUAGAAAAUAAUGCCAAUAUGGACGAUACAAGUGCUGAUGGCGAAACACCUCUACUGAUAGCAGUACGUCACAAUAAUGGCUCGGUUGUCGAGAUGUUGAUGGAUCUUGGCGUUAAUGUCAAGUGUCGUAAUGUUAGUGGGAUGGGAGUCGUUGAGAUGGCGGGAAAGUGGAAUGCUGUGGAUGCUGUCAAAGCUGUUUGUCGUAACAAAAGAUGGAGAGAAGUACUGGAAGACAAUGAUAGCCCCACUGGUGUACGUCCAAUGCAAAUACUCAUCAAUAGCUUCCCCGAGGCAGCUGCAAUUAUAAUGAACAAGUGUAUCAAAAAACCCGAGAAUAUCAACCCAAGACACCAGGACUAUACCAUUGAAUAUGACUUCACACUGCUCGACCCAGGCCCUGACGAUCCAGUUCUCCUAAAUGGUAAACGAUACUUUGGACCGCUGACCAUGGUUGAGCAUCACCGACGCGAUCUUCUCUUGCAUCCUCUGACUCAAACUCUUUUGGACCGAAAGUGGAAAACUUUUGGAAGUUAUAUAUUUUACUUUAGUUUCAUCGUCUACUUGGUGUUUCUGGUUUCCUACAGUUAUUUCAUUAUCACAGAAAGACAAGAGGAGAAAAUGAUGGGUAUUUUGGGUAGCACCAAUAGCACUCUCAAGAUGUCUGCAGUGUACGAAGUAUCAGGGACUAAAUAUGCCAUUGCUUCAAUGAAUCUUGCCUUCGUCAUCUUACAGAUUGCAAGAGAGAUGGCUCAAAUAAUACUACAAGGACGAUCAUACUUUAAAGAUUACGUAAACUUUAUUGAGUGGAUGUUGUACACUUCAGCUACGCUCUUCUUGAUUCCAUACGUCGCUCCUGAUAGCAUGGUCGACUUUCUCUUCGCGUACAUUACUGAUCCAUACUCCUGGUGGCUCAUCGCACUUGUAUCCAUAUUUCUGUGCUUCAUCAACUUUGUGCUGUUCCUGCGUCGCUUUAACAUGUUCGGAAUCUACAUUUCGAUGUUUCUUGAAGUGUUGCGUAGUGUUGUGAAAGUGAUGUUGAUAUUCAUAGAGAUCAUUAUGGCUUUUGCUAUUGCCUUCUUCAUUCUUUUCAAAGAGCAGCCAUCUUUCAAUUCUUUCGUACGUUCCUUUGUCAAGACGACAGUGAUGACCUUGGGAGAGAUAGACUUUACUUCAACAUUUGUUGAUUCCUUGGGUGGAAAUGAAAACGGAAGCCCAGAAAAUCCUUAUCCUCAAGUUGCGUUAGUCUUUUGCUUAGUGUUCAUGUUAGCGAUGUCGAUAUCCCUAAUGAAUCUCUUGGUGGGUUUGGCUGUAGGGGAUAUUGAGAUGGUGAGGAGAAAUGCUGAACUCAAACGACUGGCGAGACAAGUGAAAUUUGUAGCGCAAAUAGAAGACAAAUAUCCAAAGUUCAUUACUCGUAUGAUCUACAAGCCAAGAAUACUUGUCAAACCAAACGAGAAGAAUUUCAGAAAGAGGUUGCAAGACAUAGGAACAUUCUGGGUCGCCACUUUAAAAAACCUUGCAGAAGAAGACCUGUCUCACGAAGAAGAACUGGCCAACACGUCCUCAAAUGACUUCGCAUUGAAACUAGAGAAAAACAGGCAACAGAUCAAGGCUCUCGUUACUGUAAUAGAAAGCCAAACUAAACUAUUGAAUGCAGUAGCGAACAGGAUUGAUCCCCGCCUGGUGUCCGGAACACUCGGUGAUGAUCGUGACUUGGAUAUCGCAGAGCGUGACGGCGUUGCAUGACAGUCGUAAGUGAUGGUGGCGGAACAAGAACGAUUUUAAAGGGACUUUGAUGAUAUUGAGCCGUCUCUGCCAUUUCCCUGCCAAUAUCCUGAACAUGCGCAGUAAGACUUUCGACCAUUGUGGUCACAGUCUCGUGCCCAGAUCUCUAUGGUACGAGACCAUGGCGUGAUCAUGAAGACACGGAUCGACGAAUCGUUAGGCAAAAAGAAUUUCAAGAAAACAACGUGGGAAAACGUCAUCGUUCUUCGUAAUCAAAGAAACCGAGAUAUCUAAAGAUGAUCGAAUCUACUACAAGCCUGUUAAGUGCAUUAUUCACAAAUUACGAUAGAAAAUAGAAGAUCUCAUUCUCUCCGACACAUAGACCCUAUCUCUUUGUUCACCUUGUAUAGUACGUAUACAUUAAAUAGACCUUAACCUUAGAGUGAAGUCAAUAAACCCGUGAAAUAGAUAUUAGACUCACACACAUUAGUAGAGCAUAAUUUUUUUUUUUUUUUUCUUUUUUUGUGCGUGUCUAUUUGACUAUUACACGUUGACUAGAAUGAUUUUCACAUGACCGUGAAAGAAAAUAGACCAUUUAGUUUGUAAUAGUUGAUAAAGAACAAAAGAAAAUCAUUGGUUUAGAGUCUACUACUAACUAUUAGUUUGCCUAUUCUUUCACGAUCAUAUGAAAAUCACUCUAAUAAUUUUAUUUCACGGGUUAAAUGCCUUUACCAGCUCUAAUGACGAUUCAUUCCUAAACUACCACAAUACUUUUCAAAAUAUCUAUUAGUAUUCAAAUGUUAAGAUUCCUUUGAGAAUACCAAGACAAUGGUGUACAUUAGAAUAACAAAAAAAGCUAGUGAAAGGGAUUCUGGAAGUGUAGGCAUGAAAUGUCAUGCUUUAGCAGAACUUAACAUUUACUUGCCUCUUUUCUCCCCGAUACAUAUGACAUUUAGAAUUUGAAAAUUCUAUCAAAAUUAGGUCAACAUAUAUCAUGUAUAAACUUAGUAUUCCUGUGCUUAUAACUGCUACUUACUUAUCUUAAAUAUCUGCAAAAUUGAAGUGGUUUUAUUAUAUUUUUACCAUCUUUUAUCUUGAAACUCAUAUUUAUUUAAAUAAGCUUGCAUAAAGAUAGCAUACCCAAUCUAGACCAGGAAUAAACCACUAUGAUUAUAUCAGGAAAAGAAAAACAUGGUGCAUUCUGGUCUAACUUGGGUACAAAUACUAUACGUAUGAUAGACAAUCACCCUUACACAAGCCUAGAUUAGAACACUAUGGGUAUUUUAGAAAAUGUUGCAAGGUGCAUUCUGUUCUAGAAAACAAGGUGCAUUCUGGUCUAGCAUGGGUAUAAAUACUUACGCAAGCUAGGUUUGACAACACUAUGGAUAUUUUAAGAAAUAUAAAGCAAGGUGCAUUCUGGUCUAGCUUGGGUACAAAUACUUACGCAAGCUGGGUUCGACAACACUGGAUAUUUUAGGGAAUAUAAAGCAAGGUGCAUUCUGGCCUAGCUUGGGUACGAAUACAACUGUACUUAUGCAAGCUAGGUUCAACAACACUGGAUAUUUUAAGAAAUAUAAAGCAAGGUGCAUUCUGGUCUAGCUUGGGUAAAAAUACUCUAGGGUAUGAUAGACAGACACUCUACCCAAGAUAGACCAGGAAGCAAUAUGAUUUCCUUCAGUGUACAAGACAUAAGCUAUUUUUGAUCAUCCUCAAAUUAUUCUAGACAUCAUCUAACACACGAAUACCUCACCUCCUUCUUUUAAAUAUUAUAAAUUUUAUCCCCAUCCACCCUACCCUUCCUAACCUUAAGCUUAAUGCUACUCAUCCAACCUGCUUUCCAUGUCUUUUCUUACAGGCUCAAAAGAGUUUUAAAAUACUUUUGAUCGACAUGAAAAUAGUGCAAGAGGUAACUCAAAAUAUCAUGGGAAAAAGUGAAGGAAUAAAGGAAAGGGAUAGAGGUCUUGGUAGGAAUUAGUUGGUAGCAUGCCAUGAGAAGUAUUCACAGCCUCUAAUCUUUUCAUCCUUCAUGGUUUCACCAGCAUACACGUCCAAGAAUAAGUCAUCAAGUGGCGGUUCUGGGUCGUUCUUGGCUGCUAUGACACACUCUUCAAUAUGUGCUUUGGCUUCCUCCUCAAUUUUCUGGGAUGAAACAAAGUAAUGAAUGAAUAAAUACAUGUGAAAAGACAAGUUGUCACACUGGGGACUUAUGAAGCCAUAGGAAUAAAGUAACCUACCUUGAUAUCAUCAACAUCAGCCAGCCCUGAGUCCAGCAGAGUCUCUCUCAACCCUGUUAUGGGAUCCCUGGUUUUACGGAUAGUUUGGAUCUCAUCACGUGAGCGGUAGCUGAUGAAGCCAAAGAAAAAGUGUCAUCAGUUUAAACAAGGAAAUAAUACUCAAGGGAAUGACAUGGUCUGGAGAUUGCAACCCACAUACAUCACAAGAAUAAGAUUUGUUCAGGUCUCAAGGGUUAAAGGAAAAAACUAUACUCAAGGGAAUGACACAAGGUCUGGAGACUUGAUUGUAAAUCAAAUGGCUUGGACAUGGGAAUAACAUUUUGAGUCUCAAUCACAUUACUUUUCUUCUUGAGAUCCAUUAUUAAACAAAGAAACCAUUAUCAAGGGAAUGAGACAUUCUCGUCAGCUGUUGGUAGGCUAGUACAUACCUGGUUCCAGGGUCACUCAUACUGUGUCCAUAGUAACGAUCUGACCCAAUUUGCAGCAAACUUUGUCGCUUCCCUAACAGUCAAGAGGUCCAUGCCAUCAACCUGGAAGCAAAAAGAUUUGAUAAUGUGAUCUAUUUUUGAUGUAGUAGAACAGUUAACAAUAUUCUGGAACAGAUCUCAUAGAGAUUGCAAUCAAAAGCUGAAGGUGAUGGACUUGAAGCAAAAAAUUCACUACAAAAAUGAAUGAAUGAUGGCUAGAUGGAAAUAGGAUGAAUGAAUAAAUGAUUUAAAUGUAUAGAUGUAAGGGUGGAUGGAUGGAUGGAAGGUUAAAGAGGUAGAAAGGUAAUGGAUGGAUGUAAUGGAAGAAUGGAAGAAUGGGUGGGUGGAUGGAAGGGGUGAUAUAUGGAUGUGAUGGAUGGGUAGAUGGGUGAGGGACGUCAGUCGGGAGUAAUGGAUGAACAGAUGGACAGGAGAAGGAGAGGCAAGCAGUUGGACAGGUGGAUGGAUGGAUGGAGAGAUGGAACAGGUGAAUAGAUGGAUUUGAUGGAUGGGCAGAUGCGUGAGGAAAGGAAGUAGGCACUAAAUAGAUGGAUUUGUAUCCAGAUAGAUGGUUGGAUAAAUAGGGAAGGCAGGGAGAGAAGAAGUGGAAAUAGAGGAAAAUAUCUAAUUUCUUACCCAAAGGCCAGGAAUGAAAUCCCCCCUCUUAUAGUAGUCUGUAGUAGCGGCUGCUCUUUCCACAGCCGUACCCAUUCCAUAUCCAUUAUUCUCACAGACAAAAACACAAGGCAACUUCCACAGCUGAGCCAUGUUAUAGGUCUCAAACAACUGAAAAAUAACAGGAUUAUAAUAAGUUAUUUUACUGUAGUAUUCAAUAUUCUGUGAACUCAGAACUGCUUGUUGUGAAAUUGUUUUUUUACUGCCAACAGUCAAGGACAUAAAAGGUACCAACUUAUUAUUUUUGAUUGACUGCAGCAAAAAACAAAAUUUCAGCCUGCAGCUCGUAACAACCAAGUUCACAGAAUAUCAAAAACUGAGUAACGAAUAAUUAUUAUUAAUGGAGGACAAAAUACUUUAUUGUCAAAUGCAAUGAAAGAAAGUACAAUAGAAUGAAACAAAAUGGAAGGAAACU